GGGGCGCUGCCGGCCGCCAGUCAGUCUGGGCGGCGCUGCGAGCAAGGGGCGGCUGGGUCGGGAUGUUCAGCUGGAUGGGGAAGCAGGCGGGCGGCGGGGAGCGGGCCGGCGGCGACCCGGUGCAGACGGUGACCGGGGGGCUGAAGCAGCUGUACGCGCGGCGGCUGCAGCCGCUCGAGGACUAUUACCGCUUCCAGGACUUCCACUCGCCCGCGCUGGAGGAGGCCGACUUCGACAACAAGCCCAUGGUGCUGCUGGUGGGGCAGUACAGCACGGGCAAGACCACCUUCAUCCGGUACCUAUUAGAACAGGACUUUCCAGGCAUGAGGAUCGGUCCAGAGCCUACCACAGAUUCUUUCAUUGCUGUGAUGUAUGGAGAUGCAGAAGGGAGUACUCCUGGAAAUGCAUUGGUUGUGGACCCCAAGAAGCCAUUCCGUAAACUCAGCCGCUUUGGAAAUGCUUUUCUGAACAGGUUCAUGUGUGCUCAGUUACCUAAUGAGGUUCUGAAGAGCAUCAGCAUCAUUGAUAGUCCCGGCAUUCUUUCAGGAGAGAAACAGCGCAUCCGUAGAGGCUAUGACUUCUGCCAGGUCCUCCAGUGGUUUGCUGAGCGGGUUGACCGCAUCAUCCUCCUCUUUGAUGCCCAUAAGCUGGAUAUUUCCGAUGAGUUCUCGGAGGCUAUUAAAUCAUUCCGAGGCCAGGAUGACAAGAUUCGAGUGGUGCUGAACAAGGCUGACCAGGUGGACACCCAGCAGUUGAUGAGAGUCUAUGGUGCACUCAUGUGGUCCCUGGGAAAGGUGAUUAACACUCCAGAGGUGUUGCGAGUCUACAUUGGUUCUUUUUGGGCCCAGCCUCUUCAAAACACAGAGAACCGCAAGCUCUUUGAGGUGGAAGCCCAGGAUCUCUUCCGAGACAUUCAGAGUCUCCCACAGAAGGCAGCUGUGCGGAAACUCAAUGAUCUCAUCAAGAGGGCAAGACUUGCAAAGGUUCAUGCUUACAUAAUCGGCCAUCUAAAGAAGGAAAUGCCAUCUGUAUUUGGAAAAGAGAACAAGAAGAAGGAGCUGAUCAGCAGGUUACCUGAAAUUUAUAUCCAACUGCAACGAGAGCACCAUAUCUCGCCAGGGGACUUCCCAGAGGUCAAGAAAAUGCAGGAACAGCUGGAGAACUAUGACUUCUCUAAAUUUCAUUCUCUGAAACCAAAGCUGAUUGAAGCUGUGGAUAACAUGUUGGCCAAUAAAAUCGCCCCUCUGAUGAGCCUGAUGAGCCAGGAAGAAAGCAACAUGCCUACACAGAUGGUGCAUGGUGGAGCCUUUGAUGGCACCAUGACAGGGCCCUUUGACCAAGGAUAUGGGGAAGGUGCCAGGGAAGGAGCUGAUGAGGAGGAAUGGGUUAUUGCCAAAGAUAAACCUGUAUAUGAUGAGAUCUUCUACACUCUGUCACCAAUCAACGGCAAAAUCUCUGGGGUCAAUGCAAAGAAGGAAAUGGUGAACUCCAAACUGCCGAACAGUGUUUUGGGGAAAAUCUGGAAACUUGCAGAUUGUGAUAAUGACGGCAUGUUGGACGAGGAGGAGUUUGCACUGGCAAAACAUCUUAUCAAGAUUAAACUGGAUGGGUAUGAACUGCCCAGCAUCCUACCACUUCACCUGGUGCCACCAUCACACAGGAAACCUUUGCAGUGAAAAACACAGGGAGGAGAUUAAGUGAGGGAUGGAGGGAAUUGAAAGCCCUCUGAAUCUUUUUACAGAUGAGUUGAACCAUCAAGGCUUAACAUUAGGUUUAGAGGCAAUCUUUAAAUCACAUAUCAGAUUUCACACAAGUUACUGGAACCAGCAGCAUAGUACAGAGGUCACUUGUGUAAUAGCUCUGGCUGACCUUCACUGAGACAGGUUUAUCACAAGUGCCUUUUGUUUUCUUUGAGAAUCACCCUGUCCAUGUCUCACUGUAUUUACAACCAAAAAGCAGAAAAGAGGUAGACCACACCUACAGUCAUGUACUAAACAGGAGUACCUAGUAAACACAAAGCUCCCCAGACUGCUUAGCAAGUGGAGGGAAACGCUAAAGCUCAAACUCGCCUGUUUCUAGAAGGCAUAGAUUUAUUUAAUAAAGAUACUUUAGGUGCCUUUGUGAAAGUCAGCAUCCCUAGCUUUAGAAAAGGAAGAAAUACAAAGGAGUUUGCCUUCAUGUAUUGCUGUUGAUUUUAAUAAUAACAACUUGUGAAGGAAGGGGGACGCGGGUAGAACUUUUUGUAAGAAUGUUCAGGACAUGAGCAGAAAGAAAAGAAUUUUUACCAGAGAUUAUUUUUUAAAAUAUGCAAUAUAUUAAAAGUGUUUAAAUCUGUCAACUGUGCAUUGUGGUAAACAGAAGAGAUGCUUCCUUUUGCUUUGUGCAUAAAAUAAUGUGCAACUGACUCAUCAGCUAAAAAAAGAUUUGGAUCCCCACUGUGUUGGGGAUGGGAAUUUCGAGAUUUCUGUUUAGCUGCUUUGCACGUUGUUUGGUGUAAAUUCCUGAACUUUUCCAGUUAUAGCACUGUUUGGUUCUGGUGCUUGAAAGCAAGGGAAUUCACAUGUUUUAGCAGAAACAGAAGCCUUGUUUUAAAUCAUGAGGGAAGGCUGUAUUGUAUUAAACUUCUUUUCAAGAUACACCGGACCCUCACUAGAAUGCGGGAUUUGGGAUCCAGGUGCGGUACCAUGUUAACACGGGGACCGCGUUAAAAUGAAUUGCAAUUAAAGUAAUUAAAUUUGGGCUCCAUGGCCGCGACCGCGUUAUAUGCAAAUUCGCGCUAUAUAGACGCGCGUUCUAGCGAGGGUCCAGUGUAUUCAGUGUGCAUAUUCGGGUGGCUUGAUAAAUUCUCUUGGGAUUUACACUCAAGGUUUACAACCAAUUAUAUGGAUAUCCUUAUGUCCAAGUAUUCUUUUUAGUUUCUUUUAUUUCAGCAGAAUUUUGAAUUCUUUCCUUUGUUAAUGGGAAGCUGGCAAAUGUAGAAAAAAAUGUUCCACUCCUACUGUAGCAUGAUCUUCAGAAGGUAGGCCACUAACAGGCCAAGCCAGCUUCCACGGAAGUUAACGGGAGUCUUUCCACUGACUUUCACAAAAGCUGGAUUGGUCUCUUAGAGUAGUGCUUCUCAAGCUAUUUGAUGUGGGGGACCGGCAAUCUUUUUUUCCAAUGUGCUCAUAGACUGGCAGCCGUUGGCUCGCGGGGUCCGCGGACUACCACUUUGAGUAGCACUGCCUUAGAGCAUUGUUAAUGUAUUAAAUACAUAUUUGGGAGGGAAAGAAGUGCAACAACACUUCACUUCACCAUCCUUCCCAGUUGUACAAUCAAAGAAAAUUGAUCAUGUGAGCUACGCACAACUGAUUCAAACAUCCCUAUUCUCAGUGCUCCGGAGGAAAGUGAUUCUCCAUCCCCAAUAAUUUUAAUAUGCUUUUUCUUUUUGCACAGGGAGUGGGGGAUAAAACAAUUCCUUCCAAACUCGGCAGUUUGUUUAGUUAUGUGUAUGUGAGUGAGAAUCACCUUAUAAUACAUUUAUAGCAUAAAAUACUAUAAGUAUCAAAAGUACUGUAACUUUGAGCACUUUUUCCCCUUGAAUCCAAAUAAGGUGGAUUCUGGAAGUACCUUCUGGGACAGACCAAUUCAAAGAGUGAUUGACUAACCUAUUGGGUGAAAGAGAGAGAAUUUCCUGAGUAACUAAGUAAGCAAAUUAAUUUAUUCAUGUCUGAAUAGCAAUGACAUUAUAGCAGAAUUUUCAGAAGCCUUUACAGUUCAUUGCUAACUUUGAGCACUCAGCAUAUAAGCUUCCUGUGAUGUGUUGUACAGCCUCCCUCCAUCGCCUCACCGGUUCCGUAUUUCCUGAGUGUAGUUGGUUGAAAUUUAUAAUUUUCAAGAAUGUCCAUGUGUUAAGUACUUAAAUGCUCUAAGAAGAUCCUCCACUACAUAGCUUUUUUUCUCAAGCUUGUAUACAUUCAAGCUCUUCAAUUUAGCCACUUACUUCAAAUCUUUCAAUACUUUUGAUCAAUCUAGUAGUUCUUCAGUAUGCCUUCUACAGAAUUCAUGCAUCCUUGAGCAGACAGACCAAAUCUUAGACAUGGGUCCUUGAUUGAAACUUCACCAUGAGUUUGUAUUGCACAACAGUACACCCUCCAUUGGAUUGUUUUUAAUCAUUUAUUGUAGCUUAGUGUUGUUGUUCUUUGCUGCAGUUUAACAAUAUGUUCCCUUCUUUACUACACUAACAUGUAAUAUGAAGACUAAAGACAUACACAAUAUUAAAAAAACACACCAAAUGGAAGCAAAAAUUUUAAUCCAUCUUUAUGCAUACAUCUAGCUUAUAGCUAUAGUAAGGUCUUAUGGUAUAUAUGCCAAUAAAUAGUUAUCCAUUCUUAUAUCUGUGUGCUAAUUGUAAGUAUUCCAUUAGAAGGUUCUUUCUUAAGUUGACUUAGGAACCCCUAAGAUAUUUCAAUGAACUGAUCUAAUUUAUUCACAGAUGAAUGAGAUGCUUUUUUGUAAUCAACUGUUAGGUAUAUUACCUUCACUCAGUUUUAUAAGUGAGAGAGGGCUGUCUAUCAACCAUCUCUUCAGCAGCAACCACUUGACUGUUUGAUACUGCUAAUAUUUUUAUUAAACAAAUCAAGUGUCUCAAAUCUCUUAGCAUGUCUGCGUAAAACUGAAAAGUAGUACUUCAGGGUCUCAGGUUAAUUUAUAUGUUAAAUCCAUACACACUAUGUCAUUAGCCUGUGGUUAUACCCAGCAAUCAUAACUGAGUACCUAAUUCAAAGCAACUCUUCCAACAGUAAUUAGAUACAUGUUUGUUGAUAUUGAAAUAUUACUAUUGGUUUUUUGGCUGGAGACAAACCCUCUUCUGGAUCAGUUCAGCCAUAAGGUUAUUUGUUGUCAGUGCAUAAACUCUCAUACGUCCUUGUCCCACCCAUCUGAUGCCUUGGUCUUUGGAAAGGAAGUUCAUUCUUCUGGACUGUAGCAACAACAGUCUGAAAGCUCUCCAGUGAGCUUUUAAGAUCUUGUAUAAGCAUAGAGAGUUACCAGAAAUCUCUGUCAGAAGUCUCCAAUCUGUAUUCUGCCAAUGUGUUGACUGUGCUUUCAUCUGCCCCAUUCUGUGUUCUCUGAGGCUUUCACAUUAACACUAGCCAACCAGUGUGAUCUGGAGUUCUGAAAUAUGCUUGCUGAUAUGUUAAAUAUAAUAUUGAAUACACUACUCCAACUACAAUCAUCACUAGGUUGUGGAGACAGGGCGGGACAGGAUGGGAAUUUUCUCAGCAUUGCCAUGAUCAUGCACCAUUAGCUCUUUAACCAUUUUACCAACACUGAAUAUCUUACAUGCGUCUCUGGUUCUCUGUAUCACUUCCAGCUGCUUUGAAGGUCUGUGUAAAGUUGCAUAAGUCCCUUCUAUGGUAUUCAGUUUUUCAAACGACUUACAUUUUUUCAGGGAUCUUGGCGCGUCUUCCAUCAAGUAGGUUUUUGUGUUUACCUGUACCCAAAGUCUCCAGUCGGAGAUUCUCAGGUAUUCUGCUUUGUUCAUAAUUCCCUUUUACCUUUUCUUUGCCGCUGACUCUUAAUGCUUUGAAAAAAAAAUUUCUCCAGUUUCCUUUUGAUAUUUUUGUGAGGAUUGCUCAGGUUUCCAAUUGAAAUUACCUCUGUUCCUUUCCUCUUUUAUACAUGUUGUUCUGACCUGGUGUUAGGCCUGAUGAAUCCAGUGUGCCCUCUGCCUUGUCUCUAGUGGUGUACAUGAGAAACAUAUAUUUGAUGUUACUCAAUUUUGUUGACAAACCCUGAGACAACAAAAAGCUGUUCAAAACUGUUUAUGUUGGCUGUGCUAAUUAUCAGAAAAAUUAAAGAUUACUGGAGCAUGUAUGGGAAAAUAACUCCAUUGUCCUGCAGGGGGCAAUGAUUUCCGUUCCUUUUGACUUGUGUUUUAUUCCGUGCUGCUUCUGUGUCACCAAGACAACUUGUUGACUUCCUCAAAGCUUCUGUAUAAAUGACCCUUUGCAUUUCUGGGCCCUUUAAUGCUACGCUGUUUGUGGCUGAAACCUACUUUCUUAACAGAGCUUCCUCUUUACUUCCCCUCCUGAGGGAAACAGUUUAUUUUUAUUUUCCUGUCUGCUUUUCCAUGCUUUUUUCCUCUUUGAGCUGAUCAUAGCCUUACACACAUUGUCUGAGUACUUAGUGCUCGCUCGCUCUCUCCUCUUUCACCUCAGCUGUGGCAGAACAGCAUGUUUUUAGGGUUCCUCCAGUGUUUGGGGGACGUGAGAUGGAAAACAAACUCUUCCAUUACUGAAGAGGAGCUUCACUUCUUCCUUUUCUUUUUAUCUCAGUCCCCUGCAUGUGGAAGGCAGCCACUUCUGAUACUGUCAUGUCACGUAGGCUGCAGUCAGGGGAAAGGAGCAUAAAGAGGCAUGUUUGGUAGCAAGAGAGAGAAUUGCUUUCUAUUAAUGAUGUGAUUUGCACUACUUCCAGGUUAACGGGGUUUUCAGUAGUAAAGUCCCUUCUAGCACAAAGUCAAUGAGAGUUUUGCCUGAGUAUGGACUGCAGGAUUUGGUCCAUGGGUGUUUUCAUGAACAGAGUUGUAGAUUGUACAUUCCUUUUUAGGUAAGAAGGAUACCAAAGAGCAAGGGAAAUGGAUACAAUAAUAUCUUUCUUAAAAUCUGCUGAUCCAGACUGUUUUCAACUUAAAUUAAUGCCUUCUCUCAUCCUACAUAUGAAGUUGUGCUUUGAGAAGGAACUACCUGAGCGUUUCUAGGAUUCUGCUCUGUGUGAAAUCGAUGAAGCCGUUUUAGACAGUGACAGAAUGGUGUCGCUACUUUACCCAGACAGGCUUUCAGGCCCUUGUAUCAAGGAUACCCUGCUCUAGUUAAUUAUUCUUGAACACUCAAUCUGUUUUUCAUUACUAUUCCUUCCUUAAUACAGUUUAGUCACCUCCCCAUCCCCAAAACUCCAAACCAGUUAAGGGCAAAAUUCAGUCCUUAGGCAUCUCCAUUAACUUCAGUGGGGUUGUGCCCAUUUAUGUCAGGGCUGAAUCUAGCCCCGGGUCUGUACAAAUACCUUGCUGUGUUUAAUAGUGACACUGAUCCUCUGUGUAUUUAUACUUGCUACUGUAUUUUCCACUCCAUGCAUCUGAUGAAGUGGGUAGCCCACAUAAGCUUAUUCUCAAAUAAAUUUGUUAGUCUCUAAGGUGC